UUGAAACUUAAAUUCAUCACUUGGUCGGAAAAAUAGACAUUACCUUUUUGACAUUUAAAAAAGUACUCCAACUACCAUAAAUUCUUUCUUUUAAUUAUUACACCUCAUGCAAUAAUGUUUCACCACUUUGAUUGAGGGUGGGUAAUUUGAUAAACGCGGACCUUUUUAAACUUUCUUAGACUUUGGUAAAUUCUUUCUCUUUGGGACGAGAAAUGCUAGAGUCACAAACACUUUGGUCAUAAAAUACACAAACAUGUCAUUUUUUUUCAUCUCACUAAAUGAAUAAAAUGACGUUGAAUAANUCUUCAAUCCACCUCGUGGAGCUUCACUUGCCGGAAUCCCCGGAUCUCCCGCCCCACCGCCACACCACCAACGGCCUCCCGCCCCAUCUCAACCUCACCCUUCAAAAUGCCCUCAAGUCGUCCGAACCCGCCUUUUCCGACGUCAUGGCCACCCUGAGACCCCACUUGCUCAUCUACGACGUUCUCAACCCGUGGGCAGCACGGGUGGCCGAGUCGCACGACGUUCCCGCUGUGCGACUCUUCACUAUUGGUGCUGCCACGAGUUCGUACUUGAUCCACCAUUUGUUCCGGGAGAAGGAAGAGUACCCUUUUCCGGAACUCACGUUGAGCACCUACGACCGAGAGAGGCUUCAUAAGUUGUUAGAAAGAAGGAGAAGCGCGUCGAAGGACACCGAUACUACCGUAGACAGAAAUGUGUGUGUGUUCAUUGCCUCGAGAGAAAUGGAGGGGAAAUAUAUGGACUAUAUAAGUGAAUUGUUCAGAGGCCGCAAGGUAUUGCCGCUUGGGUUGCUGGUUCGCCCGGAGCAAGACCACAACGACCAUUUCAAGGCGAUCAUGGAAUGGUUAGGAAAGAAAGCGGAGAAGUCGACAAUGUACGUUUCUUUUGGGAGCGAGUGUUUUCUAUCUGAUGAUGAAAUACAAGAAAUGGCCCAUGGGUUAGAGGAAAGUGGAGUGAAUUUCAUAUGGGUGGUUAGGUUUCCAAAAGGUGAAGAAAAAGAUCUAAAAGUGGCACUUCCAAAGGGUUUUCUUGGUAGGGUUGGGGACAGGGGGAGAGUGGUGGAAGGGUGGGCCCCGCAGGCGAGGAUUCUUUCCCACCCAAGUGUGGGAGGGUUCGUGAGCCACUGCGGGUGGAACUCGGUCAUGGAGAGCGUUGUGCAUGGCGUGCCCAUCGUAGCAAUGCCCAUCCAAUUUGAUCAGCCCGUGAACGCCAAGUUGGUUGUGAAGAUUGGGGCGGGCGUCGAGGUUGUCAGGGAUGACCGCACCGGGAAGUUUCGCCGCGAAGAUGUGGCGAAAUCGGUCGGUGACGUCAUACGCGGAAAAGUGGGGGAUACUCUGAGAAGAAAUGUCAAAGUGAUGGGGGAAGAUGUGAGGGCCAAAAGCUUGAAAGAGAUGGAUGAAGCCAUGGGCUUGAUGGCACACCUUUGUCGGCAUGAGAUGCAAUAAUACUCCCUCCCAGAAAGAAUGUCACGGCUACUAUUCUGGCCUC